AUGGCCGUAACUCUCACCUCGGGCGGCAACGCCGUCUUUCCCAAUUACAACAAUGAGUUCGGUCACAUCGAGGACCCGAAUGAGCGCCGUCGUCUUGCCCUCGCGGAGAUCGACAACGCAUCCUUCGGAUGGCGUCAUGCUCGCACAGUGGUCGUCGCCGGCGUCGGCUUCUUCACUGACUCGUACGAUAUCUUUGCUAUCAAUCUCUGCUCCGCCAUGCUGGGUGUUGUCUACUGGCAAGAUGCGGCCUCGCGUCCCGGCAAGAUCCCAUACAGCUCCGACACCGCCAUCAAGGUCUCUACUUCGGGCGGCACCGUCUUUGGUCAGCUGUUCUUCGGAUGGUUGGCUGAUAUGAUCGGACGGAAGCGCAUGUACGGCUUCGAGCUGAUCAUCAUCAUUCUGGCUACCUUGGCACAGUCCCUGGCCUCCGACUCCCCUGCUUUGUCUAUCACCGGCAUCUUGGUCUUCUGGCGUGUGCUGAUGGGAAUCGGUAUCGGUGGUGAUUAUCCGCUUUCGUCGAUCAUUACGUCUGAAUUCGCAACCACCAAACACAGAGGAUCGAUGAUGGCUGCGGUGUUUGCCAUGCAGGGCUUCGGCCAAUUCGGUGCUGCGAUCGUCGCUCUGAUCGUGACCGCUGGAUUCAAAGGUUCCCUUGAACCUGCCGCUUCUGUGGGCAAGUGCUCCGGGGUGUGUCAAUUGGCGGUCGAUAAGAUGUGGCGCGUCGUCAUUGGAUUCGGUGCCGUGCCCGCUUGUAUCGCGCUCUACUAUCGCUUAACGAUUCCCGAAACCCCUCGAUAUACCUUCGAUGUUGCCCGCGACACCAUCAAAGGCAAUGCGGACGUGCGAGCGUACAUGGAGGGCCGACAUGAAGGACACCCAGACGAGGUGAAGCGCAUUGCGGUGUUGCAGGACGAAACCAUCGAACUGGUCACUCCGAAAGCAAGCUGGUCGGACUUCUGGGCUCACUACUCCCAAUGGAAGAAUGGGAAGGUUCUUCUGGGUACGGCGGGUUCUUGGUUCUUUCUUGACGUGGCGUUCUACGGCCUCGGACUCAACAACUCCAUCAUUCUCAACGCAAUCGGCUGGACCGGAGGCAGCAACGUCUACGAGUACUUCUACCGCAACGCCGUUGGCAAUCUGAUUUUGAUCUGCGCGGGCGCGAUCCCAGGAUACUGGAUGACCGUAGCAACGGUGGACCUGAUCGGGCGGAAACCGAUCCAAAUCGGCGGAUUCGCCAUUCUAACCAUCGUGUUCAUCGUGAUCGGAUUCGCCUACGAGCCUCUGAAACACUCCAACAACGGCCUUCUGGGCCUCUACAUCGUCGCGCAAUUCUUCUUCAACUUCGGCCCUAAUGCAACCACCUUCAUCGUUCCGGGCGAGUGUUUCCCGACGCGUUAUCGCUCCACCUCCCACGGCAUCAGCGCCGCCGCUGGAAAGGUGGGCGCUAUCAUCGCGCAGUGCGUGUUUGGCCCGCUGGCCCAUCGCGGUGCCUCGCAGGGCAAGUCCUCCACCGAUACGCCGUGGUUGAACCAUGUGAUGCAGAUCUUUGCGUUGUUUAUGCUCUGCGGUGGGGUCACUUCGCUGCUUAUUCCGGAGACGAAGCGCAAGACGUUGGAGUUUAUGGCUGGUGAGAGUACUAGUUCUGGGUCGGAUUCCCAUCGUAGUGAUUGA